AUGGCGCCGCGCUGGCUGUGGGCGCUGGCGCUGGCCGCGGCCCUGGGCGCCCGCCGCUGCCCCGCCGCUGCCCCGCUCAACGCCUCGGCGGCCCCCGAGCGCUGCCGCCGCCCCGCGCCCUGCGAGCGGCUCCGCUACGGCGUCUGCCUCGGCUCGGCGCUGCCCUACGCCGCCACCUCCACGCUGCUGGCCGCCGACUCCGCCUCGCAGGAGGAGGCUCACGGCAAGCUGCUGCUCUGGUCCGGCCUGCGCAACGCCCCGCGCUGCUGGGACGUCAUCCAGCCGCUGCUCUGCGCCGUCUACAUGCCCAAGUGCGAGGACGGCCAGGUGGAGCUGCCGAGCCAGACGCUGUGCCUGGCCACCCGGGCGCCCUGCACCAUCGUGGAGCGCGAGCGGGGCUGGCCCGACUUCCUCAAGUGCACGCCGGAGCGCUUCCCCGAGGGCUGCCCGAACGAGGUGCAGAACAUCAAGUUCAACAGCUCGGGGCAGUGCGAGGCGCCGCUGGUGCGGACGGACAACCCCAAGAGCUGGUACGAGGACGUGGAGGGCUGCGGGAUCCAGUGCCAGAACCCGCUCUUCACCGAGAAGGAGCACCGCGAGAUGCACGUCUACAUCGCCGCCUUCAGCUCCAUCACCAUCUUCUGCACCUUCUUCACCCUGGCCACCUUCGUCGCGGACUGGAGGAACUCGAACCGCUACCCCGCCGUCAUCCUCUUCUACGUCAACGCCUGCUUCUUCGUGGGCAGCAUCGGCUGGCUGGCGCAGUUCAUGGACGGCGCCCGCGACGAGAUCGUGUGCCGGGCCGACGGCACCAUGAGACUGGGGGAGCCCACCUCCAACGAGACGCUCUCCUGCGUCAUCAUCUUCGUCAUCGUCUACUACUCGCUCAUGUCUGGCGUCAUCUGGUUCGUCAUGCUCACCUACGCCUGGCACACCUCCUUCAAGGCGCUGGGCACCACCUACCAGCCCCUGGUGGGCAAGACCUCCUACUUCCACCUCAUCACUUGGUCCAUCCCCUUCGUCCUCACUGUGGCCAUCCUGGCCGUGGCCCAGGUGGACGGCGACUCAGUCAGCGGCAUCUGCUUCGUGGGGUACAAGAACUACCGCUACCGGGCUGGCUUCGUCCUGGCACCCAUUGGGCUGGUCCUCAUCAUUGGGGGCUACUUCCUCAUCCGGGGGGUCAUGACUCUCUUCUCCAUCAAAAGCAACCACCCCGGACUGCUGAGCGAGAAGGCGGCCAGCAAGAUCAACGAGACCAUGCUGCGGCUGGGCAUCUUCGGCUUCUUGGCCUUCGGCUUUGUCUUCAUCACUUUUGGGUGCCAUUUCUAUGACUUCUUCAACCAGGCGGAGUGGGAGCGCAGCUUCCGGGAAUAUGUCCUGUGCGAGGCCAACGUGACCAUCGCCACGCAGACCAACAAGCCCAUCCCGGACUGCGAGAUCAAGAACCGGCCCAGCCUGCUGGUGGAGAAGAUCAACCUCUUCGCCAUGUUCGGCACCGGCGUCUCCAUGAGCACCUGGGUGUGGACCAAGGCCACGCUGCUCAUCUGGAAGCGCACGUGGUGCAGGCUGACGGGGCAGAGCGACGACCAGCCCAAGAGGAUUAAGAAGAGCAAGAUGAUCGCCAAGGCCUUCUCCAAGCGCAAGGAGCUGCUGCGCGACCCGGCCCAGGAGCUCUCCUUCAGCAUGCACACCGUCUCGCACGACGGCCCCGUGGCCGGGCUGCCCUUCGACAUCAACGAGCCGUCGGCCGACGUGUCCUCGGCGUGGGCCCAGCACGUGGCCAAGAUGGUGGCCCGCAGAGGGGCCAUCCUGCCCCAGGACGUCUCGGUGACGCCCGUGGCGAUGCCUGUGCCGCCGGAGGAGCGGGCCGCCCCGUGGGCGCCGGAGGCCGACGGCUCGCCCGAGCCGCAGAAGCGCGGCGGCCGCAGGAAGAAGCGGAGGAAGAAGAAGGAGGAGGAGGAGGAGGAGGGAUGCCCGCCGCCGCUGCCCGGCGCCGUCCCCCGCCUGCCCCGGCUGCCCCGGCACAGCUGCCUGGUGGCGCCCGCCGGGGACGCCUGGGCCCCCGGCGCCUUCCCCGGCGCCGAGGCGCUCCGCCGGGUCGGCGAGCCCUUCCGCCCCGCCGGCGGCUCCGCGCUCCCGGCGCCGAGGACUCAGGGCCGCCGCGCCGGCUUGGCCCCGAUCCGCUCCCGCACCAACCUGGUGGAGGCCGAGCUGCUGGACGCCGAUUCGGACUUCUAGAGCCGGGAAGGCGGCGCCGGCGGGCGGCAGCGCGGCGGGAGCGGGGAGCUCGGCCGGCUUGGGACGCCCGCGCCCGGAGCAUCCCGUCCCGCGUCCCGUCCCGCGGUGCCACCGGCGUUUUCCCGCGGUGCCACCCGGCGUUUUCCCACGCUGCCACCAGCAUCUCCGCAGCCGGGCCGGGGCCGUCGCUCCCGGCGUCCAAACUCGGAGCCGGGCCGGCGCUCGCCGUCGGAGACCUCGGAGGGGCCGCGGUGCCCCGCGCCGGCUCGGAGAGGACGCCGGGGGCCAGCGGCGCUGGAUGCGGGGCGAGUUUAGGUUAGGGUAGGCGCGCUGAGCUUGCCGGGGCCGUCUCCCGCGGGAGAGAGGCCGGGAGCGGCGCUGCCCCGCGCCUCCCGCCCCGGGGCUGGCUGGUACGUAGAAGCUUUCGAAUCCUCGUGCCCGUAGGGUUUCGUUUUUUAUAUUUUUAAUCUCCGUACGGUACGCUGAGGCCGGCGGCGGCGUUCCCGCGGGCGCCCGAGGCGGUGGGGCGCCGCGACGCUGCUCCCGCACCCCACCGUGCUCCCCAAGUGCCUUCCAGCUCCCCGCUCCGGCGGAGACCCCCAGCAAAGGGUUUUUUAGGGGAAAAGAAGAAAAAGAAAGAAGCAAGUUAAAGCUAAUCCAGCCGAGCGCGGACGUAGGAGGAUCCCUGUCCUUGCCGGUGCCUUUUGUAUUUGUCCGUCAUUCCCGUAAACGCCGUGUUGUUUGUUGCACCCUGGUAGGCUCCUGCCUUCCCCGCCUUCCCGGUGCCCUCCCCACGUUAAUUUUGCUCUGUAAAAGAAAAACCCUCCUGUAUCAGUAUUAAAUUUUUCCAAGUUUCCAA